GUUAUCAAACGGGGCAGCUCCUAAUCAGCCAAGAGACUGUGAACUCUGUUACCUAAGGGGCUGCUGGUGACUUUGGACUGCUAAUCAUGGCUUUCCACAGGCACACAGGGCCUGGCAGUUACACUGUGGGCACCAUGUCGGAGCGCUUUGACUGCCACUACUGCCGUGACCCUCUGCAAGGGAAGAAGUACGUGCAGAAGGAGGGCCGCCACUGCUGCGUCAAGUGCUUUGAGAAGUUCUGUGCCAACACCUGCACUGAGUGCAAGAAACCCAUUGGAGCGGACUCCAAGGAGUUGCAUUUCAAGAACCGUUACUGGCAUGACAACUGCUUCCGCUGCUUCAAGUGCUAUACGUCCUUGGUCAAUGAGCCCUUCAUGCUAAGGGAGAACAACAAGGUUUGGUGUAGCAACUGCACUGCCACUGAGGAUGCACCCAGGUGUAAGGGCUGCUUCAAGCCUAUUGUUGCAGGAGACCAAAAUGUUGAGUACAAGAAGAUGGUCUGGCAUAAGGACUGUUUCACUUGCAGCCAGUGCAAGCAAGUGAUUGGAUCGGGAAGCUUUUUCCCCAAGGGUGAUGACUUCUACUGUGUCUCCUGCCAUGAGCAUAAGUUUGCCAAGACCUGUGCUAAAUGCAAGAAUCCCAUCACUUCUGGAGGCCUCACUUACCAGGAACAGCCUUGGCAUUCAGAGUGUUUCAUUUGCUCCAACUGCAAGAAGCAACUGGGUGGGAAGCGCUUCACAGCUGUAGAGGAUCAGUUUUACUGUGUUGAAUGCUACAAGGAGUGUGUUGCCAAGAAGUGUGCUGGCUGCAAGAAUCCUAUUACAGGAUUUGGAAGAGGAACCAGUGUGGUUAACUACGAAGAUGAAUCCUGGCACGAUUAUUGUUUCAAAUGCACAAAGUGUGCCCGUGGUCUGGCCAACAAGCGCUUUGUUUGCCAUAAUGGAAAAAUUUACUGUGCUGAGUGUCCCAAACGACUGUAAGGAGCAGACAGCAACUGCUGUAAAAUGGAUU